AUGAGUCGGAAGUAUCAAAUCGAGAGGCCACAAUCGCAUGAUGUAGAGGAAAUUGUCCAAUUUCUCCUUGAGAAUUUCGUCACUGCAGAGGUGAUUUUGGCGAGUUUGGAGAUGCAGAAACAAGAAGAGAUCACAAUAAUGCUGACCGAUUUGGUGCGCGACUGCAUACAAUGCUCUUCUACUUCGGUUAUCAGAAACCCGGCGAAUCAGAAGAUCGACGGAGUCUGUUUGGCCAGCAAAGCCUCUCUUUUCGAUAUGCAGAUUGAUCGCCUCUGUGAAUAUCAGUUCACUGAAGAACAAGUCGCAACUGCGGUCGAAUUCCUCAAAUACGUAUUCAAUCGUCUUGACAUUACAUAUCACUUCGAAGAGCAAAAAGUCUUUAAGCCGGUGUUCGUGGCCGUCGUAUCCGUCCGAAAAGAAAAAUGGGGUCAAGGGAUCGCUAGUGCAAUGCUCGAUGCAUGCAUGGCUGCUGCUCGAGAUGAUCACUGCGAUGGGGCCAUUGCAUUGGCAAGCAAUCAUCGGGCUUGUCAACUCAUCCAGAAAAGAUUCCCAAUCACGAUCCAAUCAAUAAGAUAUGACACAUUCCGUGGCUCACAUCGCUCUCCGCCAAUUGUGAUGCCGAAGGAUGAACCCCAACGCGCACUCUAUGUGAUGCUCACACGAUUUCAGUGA